UUAGCGAGCCGUAGUUUGGUGAGGUUGGACUUGUUUCGUCCGGCAGGACUCGUUAGAGACGCACGCAAACCCGCGCGUCUUCAUAUUGGUGUGCUCACGACCCGCAGCAGAAUGGAUGGGAACUGUUUUUGAAGCAGGCAGAGCUCCACCGUGAAGUCCUCACUGGGAAGAUACAUUUUUUUUCUUUGAUUACCUGUACUUUUUCCUCGAAGGUGGCCUCGUCGAGUAACGCGCCGGACAUUGCAGAAUGCGGACAGAACACGGAGCGCGUAAAGCGGCUGAAGCGGACGUGAGGAAAAGAAGUGAAGUGUGAGGCUGAGAAUGCGGCUGGGACACCGCGGGCCAACUGGGCUGCAACUUUCCUCAGUUUGAAGAGUUGAGGACGCGACGGGAGCGGAAGGCGUUAACGCUGCGCGCUGGAUCAGACCCGCAGCGUUCACUACAGUGCACGAACUGGCAGAUCAGCGCGUUAGCGCAACUCUUAUCCUGUUCAAACUCUAUGAACAAUAAGUAAAAGGGGAUAAAACUUCAUUUAGGACCGCAGUUUACAAAGAAAACCCACUGCAUCCAAACUCAUCCACAGCACUUUUUCCAAAUUAUUCGACUGCCCCACCUCCGAUCCUUUUCCCUUCAUUAUUUUUUUUUUUUUUGCAAUUCUGAUUCCCGAAGUGGCUCCGAAGUGGUGUUGCGGCUCCUCGUCCCCGGCGGAUCCGGAGAUCGGAGUCUCUGCACCGGGAGGAGGCGGAGUCGGAGCCCCGGCCACACCGCAGGCUCCCAAGAGCGGCCGCGUCAGGAGGAUGGUGCGUCUGGCGGCGGAACUGCUGCUCCUCCUGGGACUCCUCCUUCUCACCUUGCACAUCACGGUGCUGCGGAGCAGUCCGCUGCCGCAGGGAAAUGUCACUCUGAGCCUGGAUCAGGACACAGCACUUACAGAGCAGAACAACAUAAAUGCAAAAAGCAGUUCCUCUGCCCAGCUGGCUCCAGAGGACCGGAGGUCUGGUCCAGAACACCGGCUGAACCACCGGCCUGCCACCCUCCCCUGGGCACAAGGCAGCAACGUACACAGAGACGGCCCCGGAGCUUUCCUCCUGGAUCUGCACAAUUUCCCCGACCUCUCCAAAGCCGACAUCAAUGGACAGAAUCCCAACAUACAGGUGACCAUUGAGGUGGUGGACGGGCUGGAGGGGCCCGAGCCUGAAAAAGGCCUCCGCAAGGAAAGCAAACCCAACUGGGCUUCCCCUAACUGGAGAAACUGGUGGCCUCACUCCUCUUCAUCCACCUCCUCUUCCACCACUCACCAAACAGAGGAGCAAGAUCGCUCCUAUGGGGGCAACGGCGAGGACAGCAACUUCCUCCGGCCACCAGCGGACUGGGGCAGGAGGGGAGGCGCCGGGGCCGGAAGCAAAGCUCAAACUGAAUACGACUACAUGGACGGAGAGGGGGACUGGAGCAACUGGACGGCGUGCAGCGUCACCUGCGGAAACGGCAACCAGAAGAGAACCAGGUCGUGCGGUUACGCCUGCACAGCCACCGAGUCCAGGACUUGUGAUAUGCCCAACUGCCCAGGUAUUGAAGAUGCCUUCAAGACAGCAGCCACUGAAGUGAGCCUGCUAGCUGGAACAGAUGAGUUCAACGCCACAGAGCUCUUCGGUGUCGACACAGACAGCUGCGAGCGGUGGAUGAACUGCAAGAGCGACUUCUUGAAGAAGUACAUGACCAAGGUGGCAAACGACCUCCCCAGCUGCCCCUGCUCUUACCCGACCGAGGUGGCGUACAGCACAGCGGACGUACACGACGCUCCCACGCGCCGCGAUUUCCGUUGGAAAGACGCCAGCGGGCCAAAAGAGAAGCUGGAGAUCUACAAGCCCACGGCCCGCUACUGCAUCCGCUCCAUGCUGACGCUGGAGUCCACCACGCUGGCGGCGCAGCACUGCUGCUACGACGACAACAUGAAGCUCAUCACCCGCGGCAAGGGGGCCGGCACGCCCAACCUCAUCAGCACGGAGUUCUCCGCCGACCUGCACUAUAAAGUGGACAUCCUGCCCUGGAUCAUCUGCAAAGGGGACUGGAGCCGCUACAACCAGGCCAGGCCGCCAAACAACGGGCAGAAGUGUCCCGACAACCCCCAGGACGAGGACUACUACAAACAGUUUGAAGAGGCGAGGGAAUUCUAACCCGCUGUAGCGUGAAAGGAAAGAAGACACACACACUGCUUAAAUCUUCAGCUAAACCUCAAGAAUGGUGCUGAAACCAUUUCUUCUUCUGUUUUAGGUCAAAUAAUACACAAACUUUUAGGCUCUGAGGAACAAGACUCACCGCUCUCUUGAACCAAGAGGAGCAAAAAUCCAACAGAGUCCGAACACACGAGGAACUUUUCUCGACUUCACCAAAAAAGGCACGAAAUGUUGCUUUGUUUUUUGUUUUUUUUACAUUUGUUUUGAUAAAAUAUGCCUCUGGAAGAAAUGAAACAUUUUGCCAGUCACUGAUUAUAACUCAGAUUUGGUCACUAAAGGGAGAACUGAGUUCAUAUUCUUAAAAGGGAAACAUAUUAUUCUAGGAAUCUUCGUUUAGAUUGUGUCCAUGUUCGUGUCCAUAGAUUGUUUAUGUUUGGUGAAUCUGAGAGGCCUGUGGUAAUAGAAUAAUGAGAUCCUUCAGGAAUGUG